GCCAAAGAUAUCGGGGAAAGUCGAAUCAAAGACAUUUCAGGUCACUUUGUCCACAGCUGUGCAAAAUGGCAGCUAUUUACACGAUCCUCGUGCUUUUCCUGGCAGUUUUUGUUGCUGGAUUGAUACUGUUGGUCAUGGCGGCAUUUAAUUUUGAUUUCUCCAACUCUGAAAUUCCUCCUGGAGUGAAUGAACCUGUGAAGCUUCGAAUCACUCACGUUAUUUUGAUAAGCACGGCUGUGGUGGGAAAGAUUUUGGAAAAGAUUGGCAUCUGUAGCCAGAUCAGCUUUGUUCGGUACAUGCAAGGCAUUAAGGCUCUGGGAGCAGACCAGAAGCUCCUCAUUGAGGACCUGUGCUUUGAGAAAGUGCCUGUAAGGAUUUACCAGCCCAAGGCUCCAUCUGCCAGCCCAAGGAGAGGAGUAAUGUUUUUCCAUGGAGGAGGAUGGGUGUUUGGAAGCGUUGAGACCCAUGAAAGCCUGUGCCGCUCUCUUGCCCGAGGAAGUGACUCGGUGGUUGUGUCUGUCGGGUAUCGUUUAGCUCCUGAGCACAAAUACCCUGCUGCGUAUGAAGACUGCCUUCAUGCUUCCAUACACUUCAUGAGGAAUGCAGAGCACUAUGGGGUGGAUCCUGCCCAGAUCAGUGUCUGUGGGGACAGUGCUGGGGGCAACCUAGCAGCUGCUGUUAGCCAGACCCUGGCAGGCAGAGCAGACCUCCCCAGGCUGCGUGCUCAGAUCCUGAUCUACCCAAUACUGCAGGCACUGGACUUCAAUUUGCCAUCCUAUAAGCAAAAUCAGGCAGUCCCUCUCUUAUUCCAAGAACGCGCUGCUUUCUAUGUGUUACAAUACCUGAACGGGAACGCCUCAAAUCUGGAACAAGUCCUGGAGGGUUCACACAUCCCUAUAGAUAUCCGAUUAAAUUAUAGGAAGUGGGUGAGUGAAGAUUACAUCCCUGAGAGGUUUAAAGUCAGGGGCUACAAGCCACAUGUGUUACUGGACUGUUCAACUGAGGUUUAUGAGACGGUGAAGCGGUUCUGUGAGCCCAACCUGUGCCCCCUGCUAGCUGAAGAUGCUGUUGUUCACCAGCUGCCCGAGUCCUUCAUCUUGACUUGUGAAUAUGAUGUGCUGAGGGAUGAUGGCUUGCUGUACAAGAAGAGGCUGGAGGACAACGGAGUCCAAGUGACCUGGUGCCACCUCGAGGAUGGGUUCCAUGGAAUCAUCAACUCAUUUAAUAGUGAAUGGAUGUCGUUUUCAUCUGGAAAAAGAGGUCUGGACAGUAUUGUGAACUUCCUAAAAAGUUUAUAGAGACAAAUCCUUCUAUUCCUUCCAAUAAAAUUACUGUUUUUCUUUGAGUCUCUUAUGUUUCUGAAUUCCAUCAGAGGACAAGAGUUAAAGAGCAAUUAUGUUAAAGAGCAAUUAUGACAUUAAGACUACUGAAAAAGGACAUUUUGAAAAGAAAAAAUGGUGAUUGUUUCUUCCAGCACUGUUUCAUCUGCAGUCUGCCUGUUUUAAUGAUCUAUUUCAGUGAGGCACUUGCUGCUCUCUCAGUAAAUAUUAAAGAUGCUGUAAAAUUUUAAACCAACAUCUGGUGUUGCCCAUUUUAUUCACUUACAAUCCGUGGUUUCACUCUUCCCAGAAGACUAAAUGUGUUCUGGCAAAGGAGAAAGGUACUGAUAUUACAGUCCAAUGACGUAUUGCCUUUACUACAUGCUAUACGUGCAGUAUCUGAGCCUAAAUGUCCCAGCCACCAAGUUCCAUAAUGUUUCUAUGGGCGAAGUGUAGCUCAGUGAUAUUUCACACCUGGAUCAAUGGAAUCAGAAUUGCAGCAAUCCUUGACAGAGCUACUUUGAAUGGCUUUGUGCAGAUUGCAGUGGAGAUGCUCUACGUGGGUUUCUACAUCUAUCAAACAUGAAUAAGUUGAAAAACUUGUUCCUGUAUUUAAAUACUCCAACAACAAAAUAAGGCCAACGCAUUUAUGUUUGUGAAGCUCGUACUAGCAGCUUUUUCCUUUAUAAAUGCCCUUGCUAAUACCAUAUAUUCCAAGCUACUCAAAGAAGGUCUGUAGCACAGGAAGGAGUACGCUGUGGCUGCAGAUCAUAUGCAAGAGCUGAUUUAACCUCCACGCUAGUUGGCUCACUCUUCAUCUAAAUAGCAACACAUCACGAAGUAGGACUUCACUAAUUAACUGCUCUCUCUGAACAGCUGAUCCUAUCAUCCGCAAUCCAAGAGUGCCAUGUCGGAUACCAGUCCCUGUAUCAAUCCCACAAUUAUUGAGCAGCUAAACAGGAAA